AUGACGGAUCAACUUACCCAAGAAGAGAAAACAGUAACAAUUAUGCAAGACGGAUGGAGUAGUGUUACUAAUGAUCUCAUUAUUGCUCACAGUGCAUAUGACGGACUUAAUUCUAAAAUUUUAUGCAUUACUGAUUGUGCAUCAAAUAAAAAAACAGCCAAGUAUUGUACCGAACUCCUUUGUAAUGUCAUUAAAGAUCUUAAAGAAACAUACAAUAAAGAAGUAUUUGCUGUGGUAACAGAUAAUGAAAAUAAGAUGAAAAAAAUGAGGGAUUCAAUCAAAGAAACGUAUCCAAAUCUUUUAACAUAUGGGUGUUCUGCACAUUAUUUAAACCUUUUAGAAAAAGAAGUAACACACCCAGAUGUCAUCAAACAUGUGGUUGAAGUGCAGAAAUAUUUUCGUAAUACACAUCAACCGCAUGGAUGGUUGCGUGAGAAAGGAGGGCAUAUGCCUCAGUUACCAAACGAUACCCGAUGGAACUCCCAAAUUGACUGUAUAGAAACAUACAUAAAAAACUACCAAAUUUAUGUAGAAAUAGUAGAUAAUCAUGAUAUAUGUCAAAAUCAGAAAAAUUAUUGA